AGCAUGAUUGACAGUGUGUAUUUGCCUUCGAACCGCGUACGACGUGCUUGUGCUUGUGCUGUCUGUGUUGUGUGCGAAGCGAGAAGCGAAGCCGAAAACGCCGAAGCCGUCGCCAUCGCAGAGCCGUUGAGAAAAAUUAUUAUUAUUAUUAUUGCUAUUACUAUUAUUAUUGCUAUUACAUAGCGCUAUUAUUGUUAUUGCCGCACAACAACUACAGCUAUCACAAUUCUCUGCGGGCAGUAAGCGCAACAAACUAGGACGUCGCCAACAACAAAUAAAUAUUUCCAAAAACAAAAAAAUAAGAAACAACUCGUCGCGAUCUUUGGCAACGUUAGCUGCAAAGAAACCAAACCAAAACGGACAAACAAAUCACAAAUUAUAAAAACGCGCGCGCGUCUCGAUACGCGACAUUCGAUCGGUCGUUACGUCGUUACGUUACAUUACGCGGUACGAAGCAUACGUUAACGGUAAUUUGUGAAUUCGUGGAGCCGCCGCCGUCGCGUUGCCGUCGCUAAAACAAAUCUUUUCAUUGAAACAUUUUCUCAUUGCUUUGCACGUUUCACGUUGCACCAACAACAGCAACAGAAACAGAAACAACAACAACAUCAAACUCAAACUCAACGUGCAGCAAAAACGUUAGUUUAAAGUUGAUCAUUCGCUGCAGUCUUCAGAUUGACAACAAGUUUUUGUUUUUGUAGUAUAUUAUAGUAUGUAGAAGCAGCUGUGAUAAAUAGUGCGCAUAUUAUACGAAGAUUAUACGAAGCAAGAAGUAUACGAAAAGCAAACAAGCGAAUAUAAAGAAAGUUAAAAAGUCCUCGAGCUGUGGAAGAAGAAGAAGAAGACGAAGUCUAAAGCAAAGACGAAGAAGCAGCUGCUGCAAAAGGCUCGAGCAAUGGAUUUAUGACAACGAAAACGACAACGAGAUCAACAUCAACAACAACUGCAAACUAUGUUGUCUGGCCCACACAAGCAGCAGCAACAAAAACAACAACAACAACAACAACAACUCUAUAACAACAACUGUAUACUAAGAAGAGCAGCAACGGCAACUCUAACAAAAACAAAUUGUAUACGAUUUUUAUAAACUACAAAACAAAACAAAAAGGAAGAAAAUAACAUCAAGUUAUAUGUAAAUAUUAUAUAAACAUUAAUUUAUAUAUCUAAAUCUAUAUAUAUAUAUGAAUAUAUAUAUAUGUAUACAAAAAUACAACAAAUACAAAAAGAUCUCCCGCUAAUAACAACAACUAAAACGCGCGCGUAAAAACAACACCAACAACAACAACAAAGUAUACCAGCAACAACAACAGUAACAAAAACAAAAUAAAUACAUAAAUCUAAGCAAAAAAUAACAACAAAUUUAAUGCGAAGAUUUUAACAAAUGUGCCUGUGUUAAAACCGAAAGCAAGAAAGAAGAAGCGAAUUGGUAGUGCAAGAGCAUUCAAAAGUACUUCGUCUAUACAAAAUAAAAAAUAGAGAGAAAAAUAUUACAAAUAAAAAUACCCGUAUUCUAAUAAUAUUUUUGUGAGUGUCAAGCAAAAAAAAAAACAAAAAAACAAAUACAGCAACCGACAAACUAAAUCGUCAAGCGUAGCAGGAGGCCCCAACAGAUUGACAACAAAUCUAGAGAUCCACAGAUCUUGAGAGAUCAACACAAGACAACACAACGACGACUAGGACGAGGACGCAAGGGACGCGGGCCCCUCGUUUUGUGUUGCGCCGCCAACUGUCGUCUGUACACCACUAAAAGUGGCACAAAUCGGGUUAGACGUCGCUCCCAGAGCAUUAAUGGCUCAGCCUAGGUAUGACGACGGCCUGCAUGGCUACGGCAUGGACUCUGGCGCCGCAGCAGCGGCGAUGUACGAUCCACAUGUCGGCCAUCGGCCGCCGGGACUGCAAGGCCUCCCCUCGCACCAUUCACCGCACAUGACGCAUCCAGCGGCAGCGGCCACAGUUGGGAUGCACGGCUACCAUUCCGGGGCUGGAGCGCAUGGUACACCUAGUCAUGUAUCACCGGUUGCUAAUCACCUCAUGGGCGCAAUACCCGAGGUACACAAACGUGAUAAGGAUGCGAUUUAUGAACAUCCGCUAUUCCCGCUCUUGGCGCUAAUAUUCGAGAAAUGCGAAUUGGCCACAUGUACGCCGAGGGAGCCAGGCGUCCAAGGUGGCGAUGUUUGUUCGUCGGAAUCGUUUAACGAGGAUAUUGCAAUGUUCAGUAAACAGAUAAGAUCACAGAAACCCUACUAUACCGCAGAUCCCGAAGUCGAUUCACUGAUGGUGCAAGCAAUACAAGUGCUUCGGUUUCACCUUUUAGAGUUAGAAAAAGUGCAUGAAUUAUGCGAUAAUUUCUGUCAUCGAUAUAUCUCAUGUUUAAAGGGUAAAAUGCCAAUAGAUUUAGUGAUCGACGAACGGGACACCACCAAACCACCAGAAUUAGGUUCAGCAAAUGGUGAAGGAAGAAGUAAUGCCGAUUCAACAUCGCACACCGAUGGAGCUAGUACACCAGACGUUCGGCCGCCAAGCUCAUCGCUCUCCUAUGGGGGCGCAAUGAACGAUGAUGCUCGCUCGCCGGGCGCUGGUAGUACUCCCGGUCCAUUGUCACAGCAGCCACCUGUCUUAGAUACAUCAGACCCUGAUGGUAAGUUCUUAUCAUCACUCAAUCCUUCAGAACUAACAUAUGAUGGACGAUGGUGUCGAAGAGAAUGGUCCUCACCUGCCGAUGCUCGCAAUGCAGACGCCUCGCGGCGAUUGUAUUCCUCAGUCUUCCUUGGUAGUCCUGACAAUUUCGGAACGAGUGCAAGUGGUGAUGCAAGCAACGCCAGCAUAGGAAGCGGCGAGGGAACCGGCGAGGAGGACGACGAUGCGAGCGGCAAAAAGAACCAAAAGAAACGUGGCAUUUUCCCAAAAGUUGCAACAAACAUAUUGAGAGCGUGGCUGUUUCAGCAUUUAACGCAUCCCUACCCUUCCGAGGACCAGAAAAAACAAUUGGCGCAGGACACAGGCCUAACGAUACUGCAAGUAAACAAUUGGUUCAUCAAUGCGCGCCGAAGAAUUGUGCAGCCAAUGAUCGAUCAAUCAAAUCGAGCAGUUUAUACACCGCAUCCAGGUCCCUCCGGUUAUGGUCACGAUGCCAUGGGCUAUAUGAUGGACAGCCAGGCGCAUAUGAUGCAUCGUCCGCCCGGCGAUCCCGGCUUCCAUCAAGGCUACCCCCACUACCCGCCCGCUGAAUACUAUGGCCAGCACUUGUAAUGUAACGUUAGCGAUGGAUACGCGACGCAUCCCGAGGCCACAAACGCAUCGCAGUCCGUUGGUGGAGUUGAAGUUGGAGCUGCAACCGGAAGCGGAGCUGAAGCUGAAGCUGAAGCUGUUACCAAAUCCAUCAACGAUGGACGAGCGGAUGUGGAAGGGAAACCAAAUGCAGACGGAAACCAAUGUUGAGCAGCAAGCUGAUAGCGACAAAGCCAAAAUCAUAGCUUAGAAUAACUACUACAUAGCAGAGGAACUGGAAUAGGACUCGGAACCGGAGUUGGAGUCGGAAUCGGAGUCGGAGCUGGAACCGAUCUGGACAGUUGAACAGAAAUGACAAACCGUGUGGCAAUAUCAAUCAUGUAAUAGAUCGCAGUAAAAUCGUAGUAAAAUCAUAAGAAUAACAAAAUUAUAAUGAAAGUGAUGAUGAUAUUAGCAAAUAGAAAGAAAGGCAUGCGCAACAACAGAACCAACAGCAACAACACCAACUGCAGCAGCAACAAUAUUACCAACAACAACGUUAAAUGAAAUUUUUGUGUAUACCUUAAAAUUAAAUAACUUCAAGAAGCAACAAUAGAAGAGGACGUCGAGCACGAAGAUAUUUAUGCAUAAAGCAAAAUGAAACGCUUAGGUCUAAGUUAAAUGAAUACAACAACAAAAAAUACAGACAUCAACAACAACAACAACACACACACACAUGUACACACACUUAAAUAUUUGACAAACAACAUGGAAAUAUUUACUAAUUGAAUUCUUACAUGCAAAUCAGUACGUCAAAAGCUACAAAAGGCAAUAUUUCGAAGCAUGAAUUUAGGCGCAAUCCAAAUCCAAAUCCAAAACGAAAACAUAAGCUACAGUUUGAACGACUGCAAACAAUAAAAUAAUAAUUGAUUUGUUUGUUUUAUAAAACUAUUUUUUAAUUUGAAUUUAGUAAAGAAUGAAUUUCUUAGCAACCAAAAUUGACCACAAGCUGCGUACAAUUCUUUUCAAUCCAUUUUCAAAAAUGCAACAAAAAUAAAAAUAAAUACAAAACACAACAAACAGAACAGAACAGAAAAGAACGAAUGUGAAGCAGAGGGGGGAAUAAUGUUCUCUAGAUUUAGUUUCUUUGUUUAUUAAUGUAAGAAGUCAGUUGAAGUAAACGCUUUUGUUUUCUUAUAUGUAGUAGAUACUUACCUUGUUUGUACGUAUGCAUACAAAUGUACAUAUAUGAACAGAACGAUAACUAAUUAAAACUAAUGAUAAUUGAUUAAAUACCAACUAUUUACUUACAUAUAUAUAUAUACAUAUGUAUAACCACGUAUCUAUAUAUGGAAACAUAUAUCUUAGUUUUAACAUUACAUAUUAUUUAAAUUAAUUAAAUUGUUUUCUAAUUUUACGCAGUGCAAAACUUACACGAAAGCAAAACUGAAAUUGAAUUUAAAUUGGAUCACUACAAUUCUUUGAUUAUUUUUCUUUGUGGAAUGUAUUGAAUUUCCUAUUGUGUGUGUAUUUUGUAGUAUUAUCUCCAAGAAAAUCGCAUCUUCGACAAUGAAUAAAUACACUAAAAACCGAACACACAACUGAGGAGCUACACAUAAAAAAAUUGAAAAACAAUAAACCAUAAAUAACAAAUGAUAAAUGAUAAGCUUGCGAGUACACAUAAUCAUAUGUACACACAUACAUACGUAUACACAAACAUACAUUUACAUAACAAAUACAAAAUAAUAAAUAAAUUAUGUAUAAUUUUAAAUUCUAAUUUAAUUUAUGUAUUUUAAUUUGUAUGCGUUAUAUUUAGUUACUAUUAUGAUUAUUAUUAUUAUUAUCAUUAUUAUUACAAUUACUUAAUUUAAUUUUAAACACAAUACAAAAUGGAAAGAUUAAAUGAUGAAAAUACGAGUAAAAUGCAUCUUUGAUAAAUAAUUGCAAAAAUAACAUUUCUUGUGUUUGUAUUUGAUUUUUGAUUCAUACUUUCUGCAGCAAGAGGUCAUUUCCAGUUUCUUAUUUUAUUUUUCCGACUCGCAAUGCAGCUUUGGGUGAAGCUUUGGGGUUCGCUUUCCUAAAAUAUUAAGGCAAUUGAACUGAUUUCAACUAGAACAAGUGCGUUUAAAUUGAAUUUACACAGUUGAAAUACCAAAUCUAUGAAAACUAAUAUCGAAACGAAUAUACGUAAAUGUAAAGAGAAACAAACUGAAAUUUAAUUAAGUGUUGUACAAUUUCAUUUUGAAUAUACGAGCACUGCUACCAUACUAUUAACAAUGUGUGUGAGCAAGUAAGUACCUUUUUAUAGCUCUAAAACACGAAUGUACUAUAUGUACUAUAUCCUUUGGCUUUUUACAAACAAAUUAACCGAGAGCUUCUUUCCUGUAAAAACUCCUGAUUUCCUUAUACUAUUUACAUCACACAUAAUAGUAUUGAAAACACACGCACACUCAUCUAAUUAUAACUACUAUACUGGAAACAAUCAUUCAAACGUAUACGAACUUCUUAAAGAAUACCCCUGGACAAAAUUAUAUUAUUGUUUUGCACGAAAAGCAACAAAAAACAAGCUAUACAAAUUUAUUUACAAAUUGCUAAUGGCAAAUGUUUUUCAGCCAGACCUAAGUAUUUAAAAUUAAAAACAAAACGAAACAUGGAAACGCAAAUUGCAAAAUUUUCAUUAAAUAUAUACAGAAUUAUACGAUUUAUGCAUCGAUAGUAAUAUAUUAGACUUUAUGGUAGUUAUCUAAUCAAUAAAAACCAUUGACUUGAGAAAUAAUUAAACGCAAAUUGUACAGAACGCCUUAAACGAAAACCCCAAAAUUAAUUGAGCGAAAGAUGUAUACGAGUACUAUAUUCAUAUAUAUAACUUAUAUAUUAAUAUAUAUGUGUGAAUAAGAGAAUAUAUUGAAAGCUAUAAAUAUUUAGAUAUAUUAUUGCUAAUUUUCGAAAUCCAAAAUAAAUAAUAUAAAAUAUGUAUGUAUGCUUAAUAACCUAAGCACAAGGAACCAAAAUUCAGUAAGGACGAAGUAGAGCAGGAAUGCGAACCAUCGGUUAACAUGUUGAGAUCAAGAAAGAAAGAAAGGGAAAUGGAUUAAGAAAUAGUUUCUAGAAUUGACUGUUUCCUUGCUUGUUUAUAUUCGUAUCAUCUACUGAGUAGAUUCGAUAUUCCAUUCUUGUCCUUUCUCUCUCUCUCUCUUUCGCGAUGCCAGCAUGUUAACUUCUACCAAGACACUUUGAAUUGUAACUAAAAGCUUGUAAAUUAAAUCCUCUGCACGAGAAUUAAUUUUGUAUGUGGUGACCGCUUGGCUUGGCAGUGUCAGUUGUGUCAGUGUUGAUAAGCGUUACUUGCAAGUAAGUAGUAUAAAAGGAAGAAGAAGGGUUGAAAACUAAUUUAAGAAAACCCAAAACACAAUUAAUUAUAAUAAAAAUAUUUAACAAAAAAUUCAAAUAUUGUACAUGAAAUGAAUUUUAAAGCUUUUUGUGUUUCAACCUUUUUUCGUUUAAGAAUUUAAAUUAAAAUGUGAUUUUUCUCGAAACUUUAAUGUAUACGCCGUAAAUAUUUAAUAUGAUUAUUAAGAACGACAGCAACAUUUAAUACGAUGAUUAUAUUUACAUACUAAUAAUAUAUUUAAUAAUUAUUGUACAUUUUUGAUAAACUCCCAUUGAAAAUAUUUUGUAAAUAGCGGAGGAACCCGCCUAAAUUAUAAAACCAUCAUAAUUAAACGCAAAACUGAAACAAAAAACAAACAAACAACAAAAAACAAAAAAUAUACUGUAUUUAAAGCUAGAUUUUAAUGACCGGAGACAAAUGCAACCCUGAGCAUAGACUAAAAGUGCAUAAACGAUCUAUACAACUUACAACAUACCCACGAGACAGCAUAUGAUGAUCUAUGUACAUAGCGUAUGUAGAAGAGAGCAAAGAAAAAUAAAAAAGAGUAUGUGAGAGAGAGACACAAAUACUCAUAGAAGAAGAGAGGUGCGGGUGAGCGAUUGAGCGAGAUAGAUAGUGUGCGCUCGAUGAACGGAGUUAGAACAGGAGAGAGAACUAGCUCUGUAGUUGCAAUAAAUAAUCAGAUUAAACAUAAAACACUAAAUAUUGAAUCACAAAGCAAAGGCAAAAGCAAAACAAAAUAAUACAAAAACUAAUAUUUAUAUGAAAUAAAUAAAUCAGUGUUUGUGCGUGUAUAAAUUAACUUUAACCAAAUUUUUAGGAUUAAAUAUAAAGGAAGAAAACAAAAAAACAGGAAGUAAAAGAGAGAUGAAAAGUAAACUUGAAUAUAUUUAAAAAAAGAUAAGUAUCAUUAAAU